AGGUAUGCUGCUGAGGGAGACAGUUGUCUCUCAGCUGACACAUGUUAACAGACAGAAAUACUGAAAAUCUGAAGAAAACAGGAGGAGGAGGAGGAGGAGGAGGAGGGGGAGUCAUCUGAGGAGAAAGUUCACUGUUGGGGGAGAAGUCAAUACUGAGUGAAAAGGCACCAUGGCGGAUAAAGGGAGAGUUUGUUCCGCCGAACAGAACCAGCUCCAGGACUCCUCAGAGUCGGACUCCGAACCGGAGGCCGGGGAACCCCCUCGGGUGGCCGGUACCGGACCGUCAGCCGGCUCUCUCCCCUGCACCCAGGUCAUCCACAGCGGACACUUCAUGGUAUCGUCGCCCCACAGCGACUCCGUGCCCCGCAGGAGGAGAAGCGGUGGCUCUCUGAGAUAUGACUUUGACACGGUGAACAGGACGUGGUGCCAGACUUACCGGUACGGCCCGCUCAGCUCCGGGAGCCUGAGCAUCGACCCCACUCUGACCCGCCUGUUUGAGUGCAUGUCCCUGGCCUACAGUAGUAAGAUAGUCUCCCCAAAGUGGAAGUCUUUUAAAGGUCUGCGGCUGCUGUGGAGGGAUAAGAUCCGUCUGAACAAUGCCAUCUGGAGAGCUUGGUUCAUACAGUAUGUGGAGAAGAGGAAGAGUUCAGUCUGUGGGUUUGUCACUCCACUGGAGGGCUCUGAGGCUGAUGCACAUAGAAAGCCUGAAGCAAUUGUAUUAGAAGGCAGCUACUGGAAGCGGAGAAUUGAGGUGGUGAUCAAGGAGUAUCACAAGUGGAGGAUUUACUAUAAGAAGAGGCUCCAGAAAAAGAAGGAUGAUAUUCUGUCAAUGCUACAAGAGGGUCAGAUCUGUCAGGCCAAGCUGGAGAAAUGGUCCAAUCAGAUGUACCAGCAGCCUGAGGCUGCACCGGUGGAGGCCCACAUGUUUGACCUGGACUGCCUUCUGUCCGACAUCUCAGACACCCUGUUCACCAUGACACAGAAGCCAUGUCCCUGGGCCAGUGACCGACACAACACUUAUACUAGCAAUGCUGAUAUAAUCCAGCCAGGCCUGACUCCACUGCAGCCCAACUUGGAUGAUUUCAUGGAUAUACCAGAUGUCUUUAUGAACUACAGGGGCCAGCCCACUGAGCAGACUGGUUUUGCUGACUGCGGCUAUUUUGAGAGUUCAUCCGGCACAACGUUCACUCCAGUUCCCUCCCCUGUAGUAACAGCACCUCAGCUACUUAUCGACAGUCAGCUGGCUCAGCCCAGUCUUUCAUCUGACAAUUUGCCUCAGCCCUCCUCAUCCAAUACCCAGCCAGACCACCCAGGUCCAGGCCAGGACUGCAGUGAAUACCACACAUCCAGCAUCAUAUCAGGAGCAAUGCCGUAUGGACAUCAGUCAUACCCCGAUCCACCUGUUUCUAUAGCGUUCUCUGCCAGCAUCGAGCAGCCGGCCUCUGCAAGUAUCCCCUUCCUGUACCCACUGCCAUGCCACAAGUUUGGUUACUACACAACGACCAACGUGACCUCCACUGUCAUCACCCACACCGCCUCCACCAUGGGGGCCCAGGGCUCUGUGCACCAGGCUCACGGCUUCCCACACACAGGGGACACCUACCCCCAGACUCCCUGCCACUCCCUCAGUUACCCCACCGUCGUGUCCGACCCCGUCCAGGCAUCGCUGCCCACUGUCACUGCAGCCCACUGCUUCUCAGUCCCCGAGCAGGUGGCUGUCACAGGGGUCAGAGGGAAACAUAAGCAAAAGACAGGGGGAGUGAGGGCAGUUAGUUCCUCUGUGGCUCCGUCUGGCCCCCAGUCCACUGCUCCCACACCCACUAGCUGCCUAGCUAAACUGCUCUCCUCCAGCACCCGUGAACGGAAGCCAUCGCUGGGAUUUGAUCCUGCUCUAGUGACAGCCAAAGGUCAAAGGUCAUCAUCUCCCAGCUCCACGUCGAGCAGCGGCUCACACGUUGGAGGAGCCUCAUCGCAGCUGCAGCAUGGAGCUGGCUGGCCAGCAGGGGUCACGGUGUUGACACCUCUGCACAGCCAGAGCACCACCCCGGGUCCCAGCGGAACCCACGCCAGCACCUCCAGAGGCUUGUCUGCCCUGCUCACCCACGGCUCCACACACACCAGCACAACCCUCCUCAUCCCCAAGACUGAGAAACUGUCUCCUGUCCAGCUCUACGGUACCGACAGAAGCAGUUUAACUGUGAAUUUUCCAGAACAUCCAGGCCAAACGUCACCACCACACCCUUUAGACAAAGGCUCCAACCCUGAGUCGCCUCAUUCGGGCUUCUCUGGCCAUGGAAAGAUAGAAUCAAGUAAGCAAACAGAGACCAGGAGGAUAACUCACAUCUCAGCAGAGCAGAAGAGGCGUUUCAACAUCAAACUGGGAUUUGACACUUUACAUAACCUUGUGACAACACUCAGCUCUCAGCCAAGCAUAAAGAUCAGCAAAGCCACCACACUGCAGAAGACGGCUGAGUACAUCAGUAAGAUGCAGCAGGAGAGAGCUCAGCUGCACGAGGAGGCUCAGAGACUCAGAGAGGAAAUCCAGCUCCUCAACUCUGCCAUCAAUGUGUGCCAGCAGCAGCUACCAGCCACUGGCGUGCCCAUCACCCGGCAGCGCUUUGACCACAUGCGGCAGAAGUUCAGAGAGUACGUCCAGGCACAAACUCUGCAAAACUGGAAGUUCUGGAUUUUCAGUAUCAUCAUUGAGCCGCUGUUUGAGUCCUAUAAUGGAAUGGUGUCCACUGCCAGCGUGGAGGACCUGUGUCGAUCCACUCUGUCCUGGCUGGACCAGCACUGUUCCCUGCCUGCCCUGAGGCCCAUGGUUCUGAGUUCACUCCGCCUCCUGAGUACCACCACAGCCAUCCUAACAGACCCCAGCCUGCUGCCAGAGCAGGCCACCCUCGCCGUCACCCAGGGCGAGCCAGCUCCUUCCCUGGACAACUCCUUACAGCUCGCCACUCAGGAUAAUAUACACCCCAUGUGACCUGGAAGAACAGACUCAGUGGAACUUGACUGGAGUCCACCACAGUGCACAGGGGAGCAGAGGAGCCUGGAAUGAUUAAAAAGGGACUCAACACUGAGCCCUGAACUGUUAAUAAUCAUAUUCCAAUAAAACUCACCAGAUGCAAAAAGAAUGUAUUCCAGUACACCCACAAAUCAUAGGAGCUACAGUGUCUGUGAUAUAUGCUUAAAUUCUGAGUAUGGUAUAACAUAGUUGUGAUAUGUGAUUAUUUUUCAGCCUCAAAAUUAUUUUCUUUUGCAAAGCAGAAAUUCAGAUGAGUGGAAGGAGACAUCAGUUACUGUGAUUGUGAUGAACAGCUUCAUUUUCUAUAAUAACUGAUGUUACGAAUAAUUUUGUAACAUCAGUUGACAACUUGACAGUUAUUCUCAGUUCCUUUGGCAUCUCAGGUUAUCCUUGGUGUGUUAUUGCCCUCAAUUACUGAUGUUUACUCAGUGCAAUAUGUCCUACUACAGCUAACAUUUAUCUUUAGCUUUAUCAAGUACCACACAUCACUGCAACUAUUAGGAAAAAAUAGAAAAUUAUUAGUGUUAUUCUAGAGUAUGAAUUUUUAAUUGGUUCAGUGGUGGGGCCAGGGGGAGUAUGGCCACCCUACAUGCUCCCCACACAGCACCAUACUUUGGGAUGCCCAUUUUUAUCUUGUGCAGAACCAUUUCUCCACUGCCUAACUCCACUGGAGUGCACACUAAAAGUGCCCCUCCCCCACCCGCACUCUGUUGGUUUAACUCACUCACUGCCAUAGUCUGAGGGGAGAUCAAACACCAGUUGUUGCUGAGAAUGACACUUUAUUGAUGAUAGUUUUAACUGUGGAUCUAUUUCUAGUGAAGGAUGGGUUUGACCAUGUAAGAUAUAAAAUAGCUGUUGGCUUUUCAUAUUUGUGGGAUACCUGUGUGGAGGGAGAUCUGAUCUACUGUUGUACACACAGCACAAUUAGUUUUCCAUAAAACUAUAAAACAGCCUGA